CAAGCUUUCAGUCCGUCGUGCACCUCGUUUCUUACCAGACUCUUCAAUCGCUCGCUUUGACACCACUGCCUACCCGGAAGACCGUUCAAGAUGCCACCGAAGAAGCAGCAGCCGCAGGGAUCGUCAUCCAAGGUCAAGGACGACAAGACCUUUGGUAUGAAAAAUAAAAACAAGUCCUCCAAGGUGCAGAAGCAGGUGCAGAUCAUCCAGCAGCAGCAGGCUAUGGCGGGCAAGUCGCGCGCGGCGAUCGAGAAGGAGAAGGAGAAGGCGCUGCGCGAGAAGCAGAAGGCGGACGAGGACAAGCGUAAGAGGGAGGAGGCGGAGAUGUUCAAGCCCGUGCAGGUGCAGAAGGUGCCGUUCGGUGUGGACCCCAAGACGUUGCUGUGCGCGUUCUACAAGGCGGGCAACUGCGACAAGGGGAACAAGUGCAAGUUCAGCCAUGACUUGAAUGUGGAGAGGAAGGUGGAGAAGAAGAAUUUGUAUGAUGAUGGGAGGGAGGAUAAGAAGGAUGAAACGAUGGAGGACUGGGACGAAGAGCAGCUGCGCAGCGUCGUCUUGUCGAAGCAUGGCAACCCACGGACGACGACGGACAUUGUAUGCAAGUUCUUCCUCGAAGCCAUUGAGACGCAAAAAUUUGGAUGGUUCUGGGAAUGUCCGAACGGAGGCGAGAAGUGCCAGUACCGCCAUGCGCUUCCGCCGGGAUUCGUCCUCAGAUCGCAGAAGAAGGCCAUGGAUGAUGCCGCGAAGGCUAACCAGAUCAGUCUCGAGGAGUUCCUUGAAGUCGAGCGUCAUAAACUGGGAACGAACUUGACACCUGUAACGCCCGCGUCGUUCGCUAAGUGGAAGAAGACGCGGAUGGACAAAAAGGAAGCCGAGAACGAGGCGCUGCGGAAAACCAAGGAUACGCAGAGCGCGGCUGGCAAGACCAACGGUAUGAGUGGAAGGGACCUGUUCUCGUACAACCCCGAAUGGUUCGAUGACGAAGACGAAGAAGAAGAAGAAGAUUGGGACUUGUCGAAGUACAGGCGGGAGUACGAUCAGGAUGGGAGUGAUCUUGCUCAGGAGGUUGAUGAGCUCAAUGUCCAAGAUGAUGCUUCCGAUGGAACAACAUAAGAAUGGGAGCGUUUGCGUUGCGCACACUGUAGUACUUCAUGAUACAAUGUACUAUCCCAUAUCGGCCAUCCACUAACUCGGAUAUAACCAGACUGUUUAUGACAUCGC